AUGAGACGCUACUUCGCUCCGGCCACCGAUUCCGAAAGCGAUCAUUCAGAAUCAGACGUCUCCAUGGAGAUUCCCCGUCAGAGAACGUCGUACCGGAGACGCUCCGUCUCUCGUCAUCGCUUCCACCCCGACCAGUUCGCCUCCGACCACUUCACCCCCGACCACAGCAAUACCUAUUUGAGCCCCGUGGUGCAGGACGUCCACGUCCACCGGUCCGCGUCCACCGGCGGUCGACGACGCCGCGAGCCUGAGCGUGUCAGCCAGCCCCCGGCCGUCAUCGUCGACAUUAAGAAUGACUCCCGCAACAAGAGCUCCAACAGGAGCCGGCGUCAGCAGCACCAGCAGCACCAGGAGUUCGUCAACCCCUACGAGUCCGAAGACGAGCACGUGCUGCGAAACCACCGCCGGCCCCGCGCCAGCACCAGCAGUAUCUCGCGGGAGACCUCGCCGCGACAUCAUCGGGACUAUGACAUGCUGAUUGACCAGCGCAUGCUCGAGCGGAACGAUGCCCGACAGGACCUUGAGCUCCUGCGUCAGCAGCAGGAGAUCGAGCGUCUGGAGCGAGAAUUGGCGCGCAACCGUGACCCGCAUCAGGAAACCCGUCUGCUGAAGGAGGAGGAAGACUGGUACGAGGAUGAGAUCAGCGAUCGGCUACGACGACUCGAGCGAUUCGAGAAGAAGCAGCGCAUGGACGAGGAGCAACGGCAUGCGGAGCACCGCUAUAAAUUGCGCAAGUUCGAGGAGGCGCAGCGACAGGCGGCAGAAGAUGAGGAGGUCCAGGCGAAGCUCCGUCUGGAAAAACUGAAGGAACUCCAGCGCAAGAUCGACGAGGAGGAAGAGCGCGAGCGGGUCAAAAAGGAGAUUCGGGAUGAGGAGGCAAGACUGCUGAUCGAAAAGCAGGAGAAGCAGCGCCGAGAGGCCAUGAUGAAGGCGGCUGCCGUCGAAGAAUGGAAGCUGAACGAGGAGCGCCGAAUGAUUGCCGAGCGCGAGGAGAAGAUACGGCGGGAUGAGGAGUUCCGAACUCGAUUGAGAAUGGAGUUCGGGUAUACCGAGGACGAGAUUGAGGACAUCCUCAACAAGAAGAAGAACCCGGAGAAGGAGAAGAAGAAGAAGAACAAAGAUAAGGAGAAGGAGAAAGAGAAGGAAAAAGAAAAGGAGAAGGAAAAGGAUGAUGAUCACAGUGAUCAUGAGGGGAAGAAGGAGAAGGAAGUUGACCACCAACGGACCACUUGGAUUAAGGUUCAUCACAAGCAUCUUCUCCCCGAUACUCUGAUUGCCUAUCGUCUACCCUGGGACUGGGAUGAUCUCGACGGCAACUACAUCAUCAUCAAGCAAUGGAUCAGCGAGGACUUCCAGGAAGAACUCUUUGCUCACUCACGGCGGUUGCGCGAGGGCAAACUGGUUACCCAGAGCUCAAGCCAUUUGACGGAACUGAAGGUCAACGACAAGAAGAAAGACAAGAUGUUCCUUGUCCGGAAGAAGAGCCCCAGCCGCCGGGCUUGGAUUUUCACUUGA